AUGAAGAUCAACAAUUUGCAUAGAAUAAUGGGAUUUGUAGAGCAACUUCUUGAGAGAUUCAAUGAAAAAUUCCAAGCCUCGGUUUCGCAUCCGUUGACCAAUGAAUUGUGCGAUGGUACUUUGCCAGACCACAUCUUAUACACAUAUUUGGUCCAAGAUCUCAAGUUUGUCGAAAUUGGUUUGAGAUUCUUCGGAAAUGCUCUUGCCAGAUGUGAAGUCCCUGCUGCUAGUGUGACAUUAGGAAAGCAAAUUGGUUUUAUCAGCAACUUCGAAUACUCGUACUUUGUCAACUGUAUGAACCAGCUCCGUGAAGAGUCUGGAGAACAGCUUAACAGAUAUGUGCCUCUGAUGUUGAAAGAGACACCUCCAGCACUUCCUGCUGUUCAAAAAUAUUUGGAUGUAUUGCACUACUUGGCUUGCGACUCGAGAUCCUACGAGGAAUUGAUCACAUUUUUGUACGUCCUGGAAAAGUGCUACCUAGGAUGGGUUGUUCACAACACAAAGACAAAGGACUUGUCUCGUCUUCAAUACAAACAUAAAGAAUGGGUUGAUCUCCACUACGGUCCAGAUUUUGAGGCCUGGGUGGAGUUCUUGAGAGGCGAGCUUGAGAGAGUGGCUGCUAUUAGUGAGGAUACCGAGAAGAUCGCCCAUUGGUUUGAGAAGACCAUCGAUCUUGAGAUCGAGUUUUUUGAUGCCUGUUAUUUUUACAAAGGAUAA